GUAUAUAAAAAAAGGCGUUGAUAUGGCAAUUUUGCAGCAGCUUGAGCGCAGUUAGUCGUCAACGGCGCCAUAUCGAGUGCGCGCUCCGCACUGCCGAACUGGCAAACAAUUGAGAAUUGUCUGUGUAGACUUCGACUUGAAUUGCGCACAAGUAUGUCGUUUCUGGUGGAGUACACGGAGCCCCAUUGGCGGGAUUUGGAUAUGCGCGCCCUGGGCGCCGACGAGGCCUAUAUGUAUUUGCAGACGCAGCAUGCGGAGCCAAGCUAUCUAUAUACCCUUUCCGAUGAAUGUUAUACGUGUCCGUUUACCAAAGUGAAAGCUCUGCCCGCCGCUGGCGCGCUGCCGCUGGAACCGUUAAAGCUCAGCACCGCAUACCCGUUGAGUUUCAAAAUUUAUGCACACGAUCAGGGUCACUAUGCCUACGAGAAUGUCUCAUCGUUGUGCGCGCUGCGUCGCAGCGAUCUACAAGAAUUUGGCGUGUAUAACCUCACACUACUGGCCAAUGGCAGCUGCAGCUUUACCGUUGACAAGCCCGGCGUUCCCAUUAAUUACGCCUUCCUGUCCGUCUUUGUGCUGGUGGCAGCGCUGGUCAUCCUGCUGAAGCUGAUCAGUUGCAUCUGGAAACGUUAUCGCUACGAUGAGGCGGACGCCGUGGCGGACAGCAUUGGGGAUGCCGCGGCGAAGGCGACGCAGCGCAAGCGGCUGCGCAGUCUGGACACGUUCAGAGGCCUGUCCAUUGUGCUGAUGAUAUUCGUGAACAGCGGCGGCGGCGGCUACAGCUGGAUUGAGCACGCCGCCUGGAACGGCCUCCAUCUGGCCGAUCUGGUCUUUCCCAGCUUCCUGUGGAUCAUGGGCGUUUGCAUACCCCUAUCGAUAAAGUCGCAACUGGGGCGUGGCAUCAGCAAAUCGCGUAUUUGCGGGCGCAUCGUUUGGCGUUCGUGCAAACUGUUUGCGAUUGGACUGUGCCUCAACUCGACAAAUGGCCCCCAGCUGGAGCAGCUGCGUCUGAUGGGCGUGCUGCAGCGCUUUGGCAUCGCCUUCCUGGUUGUUGGCCUGCUGCACACGGUGUGCAGCCGGCGGGAUCAGCUCAGUCCGCAGCGCGCCUGGGAGCGCGCCAUCUAUGACAUCUGCCUGUUCAGCGGCGAGCUGGCCGUGCUCCUGGCCCUGAUUGCCGCCUAUUUGGGCCUGACGUUCGGCCUGCCGGUGCCGGGCUGUCCGCGCGGCUAUCUCGGACCCGGCGGCAAGCACAACAAUGCCGCCAAUCCCAAUUGCAUUGGCGGCGCCGCCGGCUACAUUGAUCGCCAGGUGCUCGGCAAUGCCCACAUCUAUCAGCAUCCGACGGCCAAAUAUGUCUACGAUGCAACCGCCUUCGAUCCGGAGGGUGUCUUUGGCUGCCUGCUGAGCGUGGUGCAAACGCUGUUGGGCGCCUUUGCCGGCGUCACGCUUCUGGUGCACGCCACGUGGCAGGCGCGUCUCAAACGCUGGCUGCUGGGCGCCACGCUUCUGGGCCUGCUGGGCGGCGCUCUGUGCGGCUUUACCAGGGAGCAGGGCAUCAUUCCCGUGAACAAGAAUCUGUGGUCCCUUUCGUUUGUGUUCGUGACCGUUGCCCUGGCCCUGGUGCUGCUCUCGCUGCUCUACUAUGUGGUCGAUGUGCGCCAGCUGUGGUCCGGCUAUCCGUUCACCGAAUGCGGCAUGAAUGCCAUCAUCAUGUAUGUGGGCCAUACGAUCAUGCACAAAAUGUUGCCCUGGCAUUGGCGCAUCGGCGCAAUGAAUACGCACUUUCUGCUGCUGCUGGAGGCCGUAUGGAACACGCUCAUCUGGGUGGGCAUCGCUCUCUAUCUGGACGCGCGACAGUUCUACUAUAGUCUCUAAAACGUUUGUCGAAUUUGUCAAUUAAAUAUGUUUCUCCCA